UCCUUCCUGCCCGGCCGGAAGUGGCCGGCCUUCUUUGCCUCAGUCGGGGGAAGGAGGCGGGAAGGGAGGACGCCGACUGGUGUGUCUCCGCGGAGCAGGGAGGGAAGCCUGGUUCAGCGAGAGGAUGGGCCCGGUUUCGUGUGACGCCUUCCCCUGAGCUCCCGCCUUGGUCCUUUCCAAGCACAACGACUUGGCUCCAGGACUUCCUGACCGGCUGCUAUUUUAGCACCUCUGUGGUUCUCUCUCUGACCAAUAUGGCCCCUUCCCUCACUUUCCGAUAACGCACCCAGGGCAGCAUGCCAGAGACUGGGCAUGUGCCAGGAUGAGUCUGAACGACGCCGGCGGCGAGAGCGCAGCCGCCUACACGCUGUGCAUUUGCCCCCAGCUCUCUGCGGAAAGUGCGGCCUGCUGCCGGGUGACGGCAACAAAGGAGAGCACUGCCGGCGAUGUCAUCCAGGAUGCGGUCAGCUGCUUGGGAUUGGACGCAGCGAAGCAUUACGUGCUGGUGGAGGUGAAGGAGUGCGGGGGAGAGGAGUGGGUGCUGGAUGGGAAUGACUCCCCUGUCCAGAGGGUGCUGCUGUGGCCCCGCCGGGCCCAGGAGGCCCACCACCCGCCACAGGAUGGCUACUACUUCCUCUUGCAAGAACGCAACGCCGAUGGGAGCAUCAAGUACGUCCGCGCACCGCUGCCCUUGGAGGAGAAGGUGGUGCGGGAGAAGGAGGCCCGGCGCCUGGUGGAGCGGGGCUUCCUUCCUUGGACGCAGGAGGACUUUAACGAUCUCUGCAACCUGCCCAACCUGACGGAAGCCACCUUGCUUGAGAACCUUCAGAGGCGUUUCCUGAAGCAGAAGAUCUACACCUACGCUGGCAGCAUCCUUGUGGCCCUCAACCCUUUCAAGUUCCUGCCCAUCUACAACCCCAAGUACGUCCAGAUGUAUGAGGGCCACCAGCUGGGAAAGCUGGAGCCUCAUAUAUUUGCCAUCGCCGACGUGGCCUACCACGCCAUGCUGAAGAAGCACCGCAACCAAUGCAUCGUCAUUUCUGGGGAGAGCGGGUCUGGCAAGACCCAGAGCACCAACUUCCUGAUCCACUGCCUGACUGCCUUGAGCCAGAAGGGCUACGCCAGUGGCGUUGAGAGGACAAUUUUGGGAGCUGGACCAGUGCUAGAGGCGUUUGGGAAUGCGAAGACGGCCCAUAACAACAACUCCAGCCGCUUUGGGAAAUUCAUCCAGGUCAACUAUUUGGAAAACGGCAUUGUCCGAGGGGCCGUGGUUGAAAAGUAUCUGCUCGAAAAAUCUCGCCUGGUGUCACGGGAAAAAAACGAAAGGAACUACCAUGUUUUUUACUACCUGCUGCUUGGUGUCAGUGCGGAGGAGCGCAAGGAAUUCCACCUCAAGCAGCCAGAAGACUAUUUCUACCUCAAUCAGCAUAACUUGAAAAUCGAAGACGGGGAAGACCUCCAGCACGAUUUCGAACGGUUAAAGCAAGCCAUGGAGAUGGUUGGUUUCCUUCCUGCCACAAAGAAGCAGAUCUUUUCUGUGCUGUCUGCCAUCCUUUACCUGGGGAACAUCACCUACAAGAAGAGGCCGGCUGGCCGGGACGAGGGCCUCGAGGUGGGCCCCCCACAAGUCCUGGACAUCCUCUCCGAGCUUCUCAAGGUGAAACGUGAAAUCCUGGUGGAGGUCUUGACAAAGAGAAAAACGGUGACGGCGAAUGACAAACUCAUCCUCCCCUACAGCCUCAAUGAGGCCAUCACCGCCCGUGACUCCAUGGCCAAGUCUCUCUACAGUGCGCUCUUCGACUGGAUCGUCCUGCGCAUUAACCACGCGUUGCUCAACAAGAAAGACAUGGAGGAGUCUGUCAUGUGCCUUUCCAUCGGCGUCCUCGACAUUUUCGGCUUUGAAGAUUUCAAGACCAACAGCUUUGAGCAGUUCUGUAUCAACUACGCCAAUGAACAGCUGCAGUAUUACUUCAAUCAGCACAUUUUCAAGCUUGAACAGGAGGAGUAUCAGAGCGAAGGGAUUUCCUGGCACAACAUUGACUACACCGACAACGUGGCCUGUAUCCACCUGAUCAGCAAGAAGCCCACAGGUCUCUUCUAUCUGCUGGACGAGGAGAGCAACUUCCCACAUGCCACCAGCGAGACCCUCCUGGCCAAGUUCAAGCAGCAGCACGAGGACAACAAGUUCUUCAUCGGGACCCCUGUCCUGGAGCCCGCCUUCAUCAUCCAGCACUUUGCAGGCAAAGUCAAAUACCAGAUCAAGGACUUCCGGGAGAAGAAUAUGGACUACAUGCGGCCGGACAUUGUGGCCUUGCUGCGGAGCAGUGACAGUGCCUACGUGCGCGAACUCAUCGGCAUGGACCCUGUGGCCGUUUUCCGUUGGGCCACCUUGCGGGCCGCCAUCCGCUCCAUGGCCGUCUUUGCUGAAGCUGGGCGCCAGAGGGCCCAGAGGACAGCAGGGGUGGUACGACACGGACCAAGGAUACCUCUGGGCGAGCUCCAGCCAGCCAACACUCCAGUCGAGAGAGUUUACCGCGGCUCAGUGCUUGAUUUCUCGUUUGAUUGCUCUGAGGAUUUUGAUAUAAACGCUUUCGAGGACAUCAUUGCUUCGUAUGAGAGCAAGAAGAAAAGCCGAGGUACGAAGCAAAAGCAGAUCAUCCCAAAGAAUCUGCUGGACUCCAAGUCCCUGAAGCUGAUUGUGAGCAUGACGCUCCAUGACCGGACCACGAAAUCCCUCCUCCACCUACAUAAGAAGAAGAAGCCCCCCAGCAUCAGUGCGCAGUUCCAGACUUCCCUCAACAAGCUGCUGGAGACGCUGGGCAGAGCCGAGCCCUUCUUCAUCCGCUGCAUCCGGUCCAACUCGGAGAAGAGAGAGUUGUUUUUUGAUGAACGACUAGUGCUCCAGCAACUGCGGUACACAGGAAUGCUGGAAACUGUGCGGAUCCGACAAUCCGGCUACAGUGCCAAAUUCCACUUCAAGGAUUUUGUUGACCAGUUCCAAGUGCUGCUACCCAAGAAUGCCAAGGCUUCCAAGGAGGAGAUCCGUCCCCUGUUGACCAGGCUGCAGCUGGACCCCAACAGCUACCAAAUUGGAAAGACCAAGGUAUUCAUGAAGGAGGCGGCUCGACAGGUGCUGCAGGACACCCUCCACAAAGAGGUCAUCCGCAAGAUCGUUGUCCUUCAGAGCUGGCUGCGGAUGGUGCUGGAACGCAGGCGCUUCCUCCGCAUGCUUCAGGCGGCCCUCACUUUGCAGGCUUGCUGGCGCUCCUAUCGCAUCCGGAGGGCCUUGGAGAAGGAGAACGCCGCUGUCUACAUCCAAUCAACCUGGCGGGGAUACAGGCAGCGAAAGUCUUUCCGGCAGUGCAAGCAGAGGAUUUGCCUCCUCCAAGCUCUGGCCCGGGGACGCCUCCAGCGCAAGAGGUUCCAUCAAAUGGUUGCUGAUAAGAAACGCAAAGAAGAAGAAGAGGAGAAAGAAAGGCGGCGCUGUCAUGGGAAAGAGAAUGGACUGGAUGAGCACGAGGAGCCCAUUUUGGAGGGGGCGCUCCCUGCGGAGCCUGAGGGGAAGCGGGCGGAGGCGGAGGGCAGUGGCAGCAACGCGAUGGAGAACGAGGAAGCAGGAAAGCAGUCCUCUCGUCCCUCGCAGAACAGCAGCAGGGAGAAGCGGGAAUCCCGCCGGCAGCGGGGACUGGAGCACAACCAACUACAGAACAAACACGUGGCCUUUCCCUUCGAGGAGCAACCCGGUGGGGAAGGGGGUUCACUUGGCGAGGAAGCAAAGGAAGGAAGCGUCCAAGAGUUUUCUACGAAUGUGGCAAAGGGGGCAGUCGACUCCCCCAAAAGGGCAGAGGGCAGACCAGAUCCCCUCCCUCUGAAUGGUGGUGACCCUUGGAUCCCCAUCAUGCCCCCAGCAUCGAGAGGGGAACACGGCCCCGAGAGAGAGGACCCCGGGAGGGGGCACAGCCCCAAGAUCCGGGGCAGCCAAAGCUUCACCUGCCCUGAACGGCCCACGGAUUUGGCUCUGAACCUGCCAAGCAGCCUCUCCACCAGCCAGAGCUUCCGCGGCCACAGCGACAGCGGGAAACCUUGGGCGGCCAAGGAGGCCGGCAGCCCACCCACAUUCUUAAUCCAGCGCUACCAGGACGACCCGGAGAAGCUGCGGGACAAGCGGGAGCGCUGGAAGGGGAAGCGGCAGCAGGGCGGCGGGCAGGGCGGAGGGGCGCUCAGCCAGUCCUUGGACGAGAAGAGCAGUGGGCAGAAGAGCCCCUCUUCGCCUCCGCAGCUGAUAAAGAAAGAGAUGGCGUCUUCCUUGGACGACAUCCCCCGGAUCACCUUGUCUGCCUCCACCAGCCAGCAGUCUUCAGCAGACACAACAGAGGGUGACAGGAGUCACAAAAAGCAGCCACGAAAAGCUGGGGAGCCCCUCCUUGGCCCCGAAGCGACCAGCCCUACGUCGGUACCUGGCCAACAAGGGGAUGCCAAACCCACCUUCAAGAGCCCCUUGCGGAGACUCCUGGGGAAGAAACCCGACAAAAAAAACCUGAAGGAAGAGCCUUCAGAGGAGAGUGACGCCUUGCCACUGUUCUCUUGUGUGCUGCCAAUGGAGGCGACCAUGGUGCAGAAGGCGGCAGAAGCUCCCUCUGGCCUUCCCCAACGGCUGCAGUCGGAGGAGCGGCCAGCCAAAGAAAGCGGCAAAGCCAAGCGGAGCCGCACCAUUAAGAUCAGCAAAGCCAAAACCGCACCAGAGAAGUGGCGAGCCCCCUUCCUGCGGGACAUCACCAAUGCCAACGAGCUGAAAUACCUGGACGAGUUCCUUCUGAACAAGAUCAACGAUGUCCACUCCAAAGAGUCUGCUGUCGAAUGCUUGUUUUUCGAAGCCACCGAGAAGUUCCGGGGGAACAUCAAGACCAUGUAUUCUGCUCCAAAUGGCCAGAUCCAUGUUGGCUACCAAGACCUGAUGGAGAACUACCAGCUCCUGGUGGUCAACAUGGCCAAGCAGAGGGAGGGGAAGGAUGUCAAGCUGGUCUUGAACCUCUUCCAGUCCCUCCUGGAUGAAUUCGCUCGCAGCUACGCCAAGAAGGAGGAACCGGAGCCGCCAAAGCCCAGCAAGGGCCACAAGAAGAAGAGGAAACAGGAGCGGGUGAUCGAGGAGCUGAAUGGCCAUGUUUUUGUGAGCUACCAGGUCAACAUCCUGCAGUCCUGCGAACAGUGCUGCUCCUACAUUUGGCCCAUGGAGAAGGCCUGCCUGUGCAGAAUCUGUAAGCUGACUUGCCACAAGAAGUGUUUGCCCAGGAUCCAAAGCGGAUGCACCUCCUCGACAGCAAAGAAGGGAGACCACGAGGCCGAUCCCCGCCACUUCGGGGUAUGCGUGAGUGUCUUGACCAGCGAGAAGAAUGCAGUCCCUGUCGUGAUGGAGAAGCUGCUGGAAUACGUGGAGAUGCACGGCCUGUACACGGAGGGCAUCUACCGCAAGUCGGGCUCCGCAAACCGCAUGAGGGAGCUGAAGCAGUCCUUGCAGGCGGACCCAAACAAGGUGCGCUUGGAGAACUACCCCAUCCACACCAUCACUGGGAUUUUGAAGCAGUGGCUGCGGGAGUUGCCAGACCCACUCAUGACCUUUGCUCAGUACAGUGACUUCCUCCGGGCUGUAGAACUCCCGGGGAAGCAAGAACAGCUCUGUGCCAUUUACAGCGCCCUUGAGCAGCUCCCACGGGCCAACCAUGACACUCUGGAGCGGCUCAUUUUCCACCUGGUCAAAGUGGCCCUGCUGGAGGAGAUCAACCGCAUGUCGCCCAACGCCCUGGCCAUUGUCUUCGCCCCCUGCCUCCUGCGCUGCCCGGACAACUCUGACCCCCUCACCAGCAUGAAGGAGGUCUCCAAAACUACCAUAUGCGUUGAAAUGGUCAUUAAGGAGCAGAUGAGGAAAUACAAGCUGAAAAUGGAGGAGAUUUGCCAGCUGGAGGCAGCCGAGAGCAUUGCCUUCCGACGGCUUUCGCUGCUGCGGCAGAACACGCUCUGGCCCGUUAAACUGGGGUUUUCGUCUCCCCGCGAGGGAGCACGGAACAAAAGCAGUCCCCAAAGCACUGUUUCCGAUGGCAGCAGCUCUGUUCCCAAACUGGGUUUCCUCCCUGAGGAGGAAGAGGAGGCCGACAAUCGGGAGAAGGAGCUCUUGAUGGAACGGAUCCAGUCUCUGAAGGAGGAGAAGGAGGACAUCACGUACCGUCUGCCGGAGCUGGACCAGCGGGGCUCUGACGAGGAGAACCUCGACUCAGAGACAUCGGCCAGCACUGAGAGCCUCCUGGAAGAGCGUGCAGGAUGACCAGGCUCCAGAGGAAGAGGGAAGCAUCCCUAGCCUUUCGGUGCCUUGUUUUCUCCGACUGGGAUCUGCCGCGAAGGGCUCCCCUUCCUCACAAGGGACCAAAACACUGACAGAAACGCCAAGACAAGAGGACCAGAGGGAUGGCUGGCUCCUUCCGCCAAAAGCAACCGUGACCGUCAUUUUGGGAUCUUGCUCCCUCCCAAUUGUGCCUUCCCUUGCCUUUCUUCGCGGUACACUGCCCGAAUUCUCACCCUGGUUUACAAGGACUUAAAACUCUGCAGCUUUGUCAUUGCCGUUCCACAAAGACCAAAAAAUACGAGUUUGUAUCGAUGUUUAUAAUUAAAGCAAUGCACUUUUUGGGGGGCAAAUCCGUCCCAAGAA